AUGAGCUUGACCGACCGAAUUAUCCAUUCCAUCUAUGGGCUUCCACCUCCGACCAGCGGCAUACGCAAAGAGCCAAUGCAGGUGCUGGCCGUCGGAAUCUCACGAAGCGGAACCGACAGUCUCCGCGAAGCUUUGCAUAUUUUGGGAUUUAACCACACCCACCAUGGUUUUGAUACAAUCCUUCCCCCUUCAUCUUUGGAAGGGAUAUACCGACUUUUGCAAAAGAAAUAUACCAACGCCCCUGAAGCCAACACGACCAAUAAAUUGACAGCGGAAGACUUCGACUCAAUUCUACUAAACAGUGUGGGUGUCAGUGAUUUAUUCGCAGCAGAAUUCGCACCCGAACUCAUCGAAGCCUACCCCGACGCGAAAGUCAUCCUGAAUGUCCGCCAGGACCUUGAUAGCUGGUACCGUAGCAUGCAAAACACCAUGGGAUAUUUCGACAAGAAUCCUAUUGAUUGGGACUGGUGCAAAUCUUGGUUCAGCGCGGAUCUUUUCUGGAUUCGCCAAACAAUGUCCAGGACCAUGAUGCCCCGAUUCUUCAGAGGGAGUUUCGAAUCGAACGGGAAGUGGGUCUAUGAACAACAUGUUGCAAUGGUUAGAGGCCUAGGUUUACCGGACGAUCGACUUCUCGAAUGGUCUGUUGAAGAUGGCUGGGAGCCUCUUUGUCGAUUCCUGGGUAAGCCUGUGCCUGAGAUUCCGUUUCCCAGUGGGAAUCCCCCAAAGGCAUGGGCAGAACGAAUCGGAAAGACUAUGGAGGCCCAUCAUAAGCGAGCAGUAAGAAAUAUGCUUAUUUUUGGGGCUUUGACUUUGAUUAUUUCUGUUAUUUUGUAA